CUCCUUAUGAUCAAUGACAUCCAAGUUAUCUACCCAUUACCGGGUAGGACAUCGAAGGCGACGAAGAUGUCGAUGUCGCGACAGUUACGUCAUUGUGGAAACAUUCUAAAACUCGCCAUCAUCGUCUGUACGAUCGCUUAUUGCGUGCUCUUCUGUUCGUUGUCGAUGCGGAAUAAACACGUCGUGGGUGAUGUCGGUAGAUCGGACAACAAGGGCGUGAUCAUCGACGAGGGGCAAGUCAUGCCGCAGUUCGAUCUGAAGUUCGUCAAUCUUCAAGAGAAAACCAAAAGCCGUCGCAACGACGAUCGUAAUAAAUCGGACGAUAUCGGUAAAGAUGAAACAGAUGGACAACUUGAUCUGCGACUUAAACCAGGUUCGAAAACGGAUAUGGAGUCAGUGAUCCGGAGAUUGAACACGAGCUUGACAUCGUGGAGAUUCAGACAUCAUAAUCUUAUGAGAUUACGGAAACAGAUCAAAAACUUUUUGGGAAGAGACUUCCUUGACUCGGCCUUUCUGACCCGGGACAACACCCCUCUCAAUUCAGCUGUCCUCUUCUAUAAGAUACUACCAGAGGGUAUGAAAGCAGUCGUUCAUGAUCUAUGGGUGCAGCUACCAAAGGUACCUGUGUACAGUGGAAGGCAGUAUAAAACAUGUAGUGUAGUCGGGAGCAGCGGAAUACUCAAAGGAAGUAAAUGUGGAAAGUUGAUUGACAGUUCUGACUUCGUAUUCAGAAUGAACAAUGCUCCGACAUCGGACAACUUCGUAGUCGAUGUUGGACAGCGGACCAAUCAGAUGUCGCAAACAGGGAAAAGUCUUUUCAAAUCAAGCCUAAAUAAAUCCGUUCUACACACAUUGAACGAGCCUACGACCUUCAACCUCACAUGCUUACCAUCUUCUCCGUUUCCUGACGAACUCUUCCAAAACGUUUUGAAGCCCCUCCCUAGAAUCAUCCUCCUUCGACUUCCGACUUAUCCCGAGACCGAGCUUACCCGAUUAAUAACGAGGGGCUGCCGAGUGGUUCCGGAAAAGGAGGGAAACCUCGUAUUAUGGGAUUCGCGAAUCAACCCGAAGUUGAACGACUUCUGGAAAGAGAAUGGACUCAAACUUAAAAUGUCAUCAGGUUUCUUUUCCGUCAAUCUGGCUCUUCAUCUAUGCCAGGAGACACGCGUCUUCGGGUUUUGGCCGUUUAGGUUCUCACCAGAUCAUCACCCCGUCGCGUAUCACUACUACGACCGACUUAUUACCAAGAAGAUCAUUCACGACUUCAAUGAAGAAUUCGAUAUCCUAAUGAGACUCCACGAGAACGGCGUGAUCAAACUCCAUGUCGAAAACUGUUCCGAAAAAUAG